AUGAACGAAAAAGUUUCCCAAAAACUCUUAAAUUCAAUCAGACCUCUCCUCCUCCAAAGCAGAAUUUUCGGUCUGACGACGUUCAACGAAAAAAAUUUCAAUCAAUCAAAACUACACACCUUUUUCAACAUUGUAUUAGUUGUACUAUACUUACCUGCGAUUUUUUACUGCAUUUACGCUACCGCUAUCCAAAUAAAUUUCGUAAUUUACAAAGCCACCAACAUAAUAAUUUUAGUAGCCAACGCAAUUUACGUGGCCACUACUUGGAUCUGUGCCAUCACAAACGGCAACCUACUCAUCGAUUUUUUGUCAAGAUUAAUCGACUUCGACACCAAAAUCCAAACGAUGGGUAUCCGCUUGAAUUACAAAAAAAGCCACAAGAAAAUAAUAACGCAAAUUUUGGUUAGAUACACCAUCAUCGUUGUUAACGUCGCAGGUUUAGCCUACCUUGCCUUGGAAAAUGACGCCGACAUGGUAGUAGAAUCAAUGGCGUACUUCUUAAUCGCCGUAAACUCAGCUGUGUGUCACUUAACCUCCACCCUCGUGCUACAACUGAAAGUCCGAUUCAUCAUUCUUAACCGCCAAAUCGGCAAUUUAAUCGAAUGUUUCCACAAAAACCAGUCCAAAUGUUUGAAAUUCAACACAAUGGAGCACCUCUUCACUCUCAAUAAAAUCUGCGCUCUACACCACCACUUGUCGAAACUCGUCAAACUUUUCAACGACAUUUUCGGUUUAGUUCUCUUGCUCAUGUUCGGUGUGAGCUUCGUCGUUAUCGUGAUUUCGAUCUUCUACCUCACUUCGACUCUACAGUCUACAGUGGUCACUGUUUCCGACGUUUUCAACUCGUUGUUGUCCAACGCCACUUUCAUUAUUAACACGGUGUACGUCUGCGACGUGUGCUAUUCGACGGUGGAAGAAGUGAACAAAACCGGCGAACUCAUCCACAAAAUAGACACAGAAGACCGCGACGUUCGCGACGAAAUCGAAAUGUUUUCUUUGCAGAUCGCCAACGAGCAAGUGGAGUUCAACGCUGCUGGGUUUUUCCCGAUUAACUACACUCUAGUGUUUUCUAUCGUCGGAGGGGUCACCACUUACAUCAUAAUAUUAAUCCAAUUGUCGAGUAGUCUUGCGAACGCUGAGGCGGAAAGCUACGGGAUGUAAACAGAUUAAAAUAAAUAUAUUGAUUUUUU